AUGGCUACCCCUAGUGUCCUAGCUUUUGACGCUGAGGGUCGCGCCAUUGAUUUUGAGGUCUGGUUAGACGACCUGCAGCUGUUCUUACAGUGCGACAGGGCUGACGACCUUUCUCUCUUUGACCUCACCUGUGGCGCCUCUCCUGCCCCUGCUGCUGAUGCUGAUCCCGCUGUCCGCUCUAAGUGGGCCACCCGCGAUGCUGCUGCACGUCUUGCUGUGCGUCGCCACCUCCCUACCUCUGAGCGUGCGCACUUUAGUCAGUACAAGAGUGCUCAGACCUUGUACGACGCUGUAGUUGCGCGCUACUCCUCCCCUGCCACUGCUGCACUGAGCCUCGCGCGCCUCCCUGACUCCCUUCGCGUCGUUAGGGACCACUUUCUCGCAGUCUGUCCCACCACCCUCACCGUCGACCUCCUCGAGAAGGCCCUCCUCGCAGCGGAGAAGAGCAUAGUCGCUGUAGGUGCUUCUCGUGGUGACCCUCGCACCCCCAUCUUUGAGGGGUGCUCUCCUUCCCCCUUGCUGCCCUCUGUUGCCUCUGCUGCUGCUGCCGACCUGCUUGGUCUUGAGUCGGUCGGCGCGGCGUCUGCCCCUAGUGGGAGACGUCGCUCCAGCAAGGGCAAGGGGGGCAAGGGCGCGGGUGGAGCUGGAGGGGGCGGUGGCGGUGGCGGUGGUGGCGGCGGAGGGAGUGGGGGUGGCGGCGGGACUAGUGGCGGAGGUGGUGGUGGUGGUGGCAGCAGUGGCGGAGACGGUGGUGGUGGUGCCAACGGUGGUGGUGGAGGCAGCGGCGGUGGUGGAGGCGGAGGAGGUGGAGGCGGUGGAGGCGGCAGCGGAGGAGGCGGUGGUGGUGGUGGAGGUGGAGCUGGUCGAGGUGGUACCCAGCAGCGUAGCGGCGGUGGUGGUGGCCAGCGCUCGCAGCGGCAGCAGCAGCAGCGCUCGCGGGACAUCCCUCCGCCUCAGCAGCUUCGUGAGUGGUAUGCUGGGCGUCAGAGGGGUGGGGGUACUGGUCCCUGCACCUACGUUCUUCGUUCCGGCGACCGCGCGGUGAUCUUUGAUCUUGAUUUUGAUGCUAUCCUUGCUGCUAUGUAUGUUGUGGAUUAUAGUGAGGAGAAUGAGGGUUACCGUUGUUUCCAGCCCGACCCGGGCAUUGGUACUGCUGCGCUAGGUGCUUGUGAGGCUGCUGCUCUAGGUGCCAGUGCGUCUGUGCUCUCAGGUACUGGUGAGACUGCGCUCUCAGGUACUGCGUCGUCCUCGUCCUCCCUCACUUUCACACUUGACUCCGGAGCUUCUCGCUCCUUCUUUCGAGACCGCACUACCCUUACGCCGCUCGGCCGGCCGGUUGCGGUCUCCCUUGCUGACCCCUCUGGGGGUCCUGUCCUGUCUCACUUCUCCACUGUCCUCCCGUGUCCGGCUGCCCCUUCGGGCACCCUGUCGGGUCUGUACCUUCCCUCGUUCUCUACGAACUUGGUGAGUGGAGCGGACCUGCAGGAUGUGGGGGUUCACCAGUUCACUCCUGCGAGUCAGCGGGUGACCCACUGCACGGAGGCACGCACAGGCCGACACCUGGCCACGUUCUCGCGUCGGCCGGGGUCGAGUCUCUACACCCUGACCGUUGAGUCUCCUCCUGUCCCUGCGUCUGGUCAGGUGGCUGCGUCGGGUCAGGUGCUUGCUGCUGCGUCCCGUCUCUCCCUCCUCUCCCCUCCGGGCCAGGACCUUCCUGUGUCCCCUGUGUCGAGGGUCGCCUCCGGGCUACUCCUCACUCCUCCCACUUCCCCCCGACAGAGGCUCUCCUGCAGACGCUUCACAUGGAUGUGUGGGGCCCAGCCCCCGUUCCGUGGGCAGGGUUACGAGCGCUACUUCCUGUUGGUGGUUGACGACUACUCGCGUUACACCACAGUCCUCCCCUUGCGCAGCAAGGGUGCGGUCACUGAGGUAUUGAUCGACUGGAUCCGCGAGGCUCGUCUCCAGCUCAGGAAGAGCUUCGGCUCGGACUUUCCUGUUCUGCGUCUGCACUCUGACAGAGGCGGAGAGUUCUCUUCUCGCCUUCUGCGGGACUACUGUCGUGCACGGGGGAUCCGCCAGACCUUCACGCUUCCGGACUCACCACAGCAAAAUGGGAUUGCUGAGCGCCGCAUUGGCAUGGUCAUGGAUGUCGCUCGUACGUCCAUGAUGCAUGCGGCUGCCCCCCAUUUUCUGUGGCCGUUUGCGGUGAGGUACGCGGCGCAUCAGCUCAACCUUCACCCCCGGGUCUCUCGGCCUGCGAUGUCCCCAGCCUUGCUGUGGACGGGGAAGGUUGGCGAUGCGUCUGUGUUCCGUGUCUGGGGAUCUCGGGCGUUUGUCCGCGACUUGUCUGCGGACAAGCUGUCCCCUCGUGCUGCUCCCUGUGUCUUCCUUGGCUUCCCCACUGACGCCCCAGGGUGGCAGUUUUACCACCCCUCCUCUCGUCGUGUUCUGUCCUCCCAGGACGUCACGUUCGACGAGUCAGUCCCCUUCUACCGUCUCUUCCCCUACCGCACUCCUUCCCUUCCCCCUCCCCCGGACUUCCUUGUGCCGGUUCCCCCCCCGGUAGACCCCCUCCCCCCUCAGGUUCCUGCCCCCUCAGGUGUGUCCCAGGUAGACGCCGUUGACCCGGUCGAGGUUACUGGUGACUCUGGUGCUGCUGCGGGUGCUGAGCCUGGGGGUGCUGACUCUGGGGGUGCUGUGCGCGGGGGUGCUGAGCCUGGGGGUGCUACUGCUGGGGGUGCUGGGCCUGAGGGUGCUACUGCGGAGGGUGCGGAGCCUGGGGGUGCUGAGCGGGGGGGUGCUGUGCCUGGAGGUGCUGGGUCUGGGGGUGCUGGGUCGGGAGCUGCUGAGCCUGGGGGUGCUGAGCUGGGAGCUGCUGAGCCUGGGGGUGCUGCGUCUGGAGCUGCUGAGCCUGGGGUUUCUCCUGCUCCUGCGUCUCGCCGGGAGCCCCUCUCUCCACAGGAGCUGCGCGAGUGGUUCGCUCGCCGCUGGAGGCGUGCUGCUGAGUCUGGAGGUGCUGCUGGAGCUGGAGCUUCUUCGACUGUCGAGGGUGCGGGUGCUGCCGGUCCCGGAGCUGCUGGACCUGCGGGUCCUCCUGGAGCUGGAGCUGCUGAGGGCGCUGGUGCUGAGCCUACUGCUGUUGGUCCUGCCGCUGGAGGUGUGGGUGGCGCUGGUGCUGUCGCUGAGGGUGCUGGUGCUGUCCCUGCUGAGUCUGGAGCUGCCGCGCGGCCUCGGCCGUACUUCGUUCCGCUCUUGCAGCAGGUUCUUGGUCUUUCUCCUCCAGUAGAGGGUCCACCGCCUGUCCAGUCGCAGUCCCUGCUGGAGCCUUCCUCUCCACUGCCUGCUCCCUCUCCUUACACUGGUCCUACUGGAGGUCUUGCUGAGCGUCGUGAGCCUGCGUCUCGUCCCGCGUCGCCUGCUCGUGCUGCUCGCGCUAGUGGUCGCAGUUCGCGUCAGCGUCCUCCUCCUGUCCCUGGCACGCACCGGAUGUCUCUGCGUCCGUCCACUGCUCCUCUGCGUGCCCCUUUGCCUUCUCCUCCUGAGUCCUCUCUUCCUGCGCUUGCCGACCCUGAGUCGGACUCUCUUCGUGCUGCCAGUCCUACUGUCACGCGUCUGCUUGCUACUGUCGUCACUGACCCCUCUUUUGAGUCCACUGCUGCGUCUGCUCUAGUCGCUGAGCUCGUCGACUUUGCUGCUCGCUGUCGUCUCGACUACGCUGCUAGUCUUGUUGCUGAGUCUGCGUCUGUCUGUCCUCCGUCCGUCGGGGGUGAGUGUGCUCUUGGCACGGACGUCCUAGAGGACAGGCAGGAGGAGUUACAGUGUCUAGCGGCUGCUUCACCUCAUCUCGCGUCUGUCCUGCUUGCCCCUGAGGGAGACCCGGAUGCACUAGACAUCCCGACUCCGCGUUCUUACGCGGAGGCCGUAGAGGGUCCCUACUCCUCUCAGUGGCAGGCAGCUAUGGAUGCAGAGAUGGCCUCCUGGAAGUCCACAGGCACCUACGUUGACGCGGUUCCCCCUCCUGGGGCGAACAUCGUCAGUGGCAUGUGGAUCUUCAGGGUGAAGCGGCCGCCGGGCUCUCCACCUGUCUUCAAGGCGCGGUACGUUGCUCGUGGCUUCAGUCAGCGGCAGGGAGUUGACUACUUUCAUACCUUCUCUCCCACCCCGAAGAUGACCACUCUUCGGGUGCUGCUGCACAUAGCCGCUCAGCGCGACUACGAGCUUCACUCUCUCGACUUCAGCACUGCGUUCCUGCAGGGUAGCCUGCACGAGGAGAUCUGGCUGCGCCGUCCACCUGGCUUCACUGGGACUUUCCCUCCUGGCACCCAGUGGAGCCUCCGACGGCCAGUCUACGGUCUCCGCCAGGCACCGCGUGAGUGGCACGACACACUGAGGACUACGCUUGCGGCUCUUGGGUUUGCUCCUUCUACUGCUGACCCGUCGCUGUUUCUUCGCACCGACACUUCCCUGCCGCCGUUCUACAUCCUCGUGUACGUCGACGACUUGGUCUUUGCCACAGCGGACACUGCUGGACUCGCCUACGUGAAGUCCGAGCUGCUGAAGAGACACACGUGCACAGACCUGGGUGAACUGCGCAGCUACCUUGGCUUGCAGAUCACUCGGGACAGAGCACGCCGCACCAUUACCUUGACUCAGUCACACAUGGUGCAGCAGGUCCUUCAGCGCUUCGGCUUCACGUACUCCUCGCCUCAGGCCACUCCUCUGCCUACUCGCCACUCACUCUUAGCUCUGCCUUCGGAUGAGUCCGUAGAGUCGAGUGGUCCGUAUGCAGAGCUUGUUGGCUGCCUCAUGUACCUGAUGACCUGCACACGACCUGACCUUGCAUACCCUCUGAGCAUUCUUGCACGCUAUGUUGCUCCUGGGAGACACCGACCAGAGCACAUGGCUGCAGCGAAGAGGGUAUUGCGCUACCUGUGCAGUACUUGUGAGGCUGAGAUCUACGCCGGGGCCAUGGCUGCACAGGAGCUUCGCUGGCUCACCUACCUGCUGACUGACCUUGGAGAGCCGCCUCGUUCUCCUCCAGUGCUGUACGUAGACAACAAGGCCAUGCUGGCCUUGUGUCGAGAGCAGCGCUUGGAGCACAGAACGAAGCACAUUGCUCUCCGCUACUUCCUUGCUCGUGAGCUGCAGCAGCGUGGUCAGUUGCGACUUGCGUACGUGGCCUCUGAGGCCAACACCGCUGAUGUGUUCACCAAGGCACUCGCGCCUUGUGACCAUCAGCGCUUUUGCACCCAGCUGGGUCUUGUGCCUGUCUUGCCUCACUUGCUCUCCUCUUGA